GAUAGAAGUUGGAUCCAAUGAUAAAUAUACGGUGCAAAAUGAAUUAGUUAGGUAGUACUAUUAAUAGCUGUUAGUAAAAUCCAUUAAAUUCAUCAACCAAAAGUUAGAACCAAAUUUUCCAAAUCAAGCCCCUCCAUUUAAUUACUCCAACUACACCACACCUAUAUUCAUAACACAGAACCCAAUUUAACUUCUUAUUCUACUCAACUCAAUUCACAUUUUCAAAACACAUCACAAAAAAACCAAAAUGGCCACUACACCAUUAGUACUACUAGCAAUUGCUUCUUUACUCCUUGCAUCACUACCAUAUCAUGGAGUAUCUGCUGCUACUCCUACUCCUACUGCUGAAUCUCCGGUACCAGAGACCGUCGGAGCUCCAUCGCCUGCUGGUACAGCAGACGAUGGAUGUUUGGCGGCUCUAACAAACAUGUCAGAUUGUUUAACAUUUGUGCAAGAUGGGAGUAAGUUGAAAAAGCCGGAUAAAGGGUGCUGUCCUGAAUUAGCAACGUUGGUUGAUAAUAACCCUAUUUGUUUGUGUCAGCUUUUGGGAAACUCUGAUUCUAUUGGGAUUAAGAUUAAUCUUAAUAAAGCUCUUAAGCUUCCUUCUCUUUGUCGUGUUACUACUCCUCCUGUUAGUACCUGCUCAGCUGUUGGAGUUCCUGUAUCUUUGCCUGGGCCAUCAAGUCAAGAUUCUAUGCCACCAAAUAUGGCAAUGACACCAAAAGGAUCAGCUCCUAGUCCUUCAAAUUCAGCUGAUAGUUCAGCUGGUGGUGUUCUAAGUCCUUCUGAAAGCAAAAAGGGAGCCUCAAGCAUUGUUGCCCCUGCCAUGACAUUCAUUUUUGCAAUGUCCACUCUUUCUUUCUCCAUAUUCUUCUGAUUUUAGAAUUCACAUUUAUCCUAUAAUUAGUUUCUAUUUGUGUAUUGAGUGAUUUGAUUUAGUGAAUUGCACCCUUUAAUUAGGAACUGCAUCACAACACCAUUAUGGGUGUUGUGCUAUUUUAUUCUUAUUUUUUCUUCCCAACUACAUUCUUGCUAUAUUUGUAAUAAUAUAUUUCCAUUUUCAAUAUGAUAUUUCAUUUAGUUA